GUACCUAAAAAUUUUAAUUAAUAAUAACUCUCUCUCUCUCUCUCUGUCUGUCUCUCACGAACAAAGGGUUCGUUCUCCUCCUCGUCUCCUUCUUCAGAUCGAAAACCCUAAUUUUGUUUCCUUUUGUUUGACAAUUCCAGAGAUUUUUUUUUAAAUUUUGUUUUGUUCGAGAUCUCCCACCCCAAAAAAUUUCAUCUCGAUCUAUGCGUUAGGAUCUGGAGGGGCUCUUUGGUUUUAGAGUUCCUUCACAAUAAUUAAUCAUAAUAACGUGCGAUUUUUUAUUGGGAAUGAAUAUGGCUUGGGCUUAAUGGAUUCAAUCAAUGGUGAUUAAAAAAACAGUGAUUUGAAUUAGUUGGUGGGGAAAACUGCGAGAGAUUUCUCCAAUGGCAUCAGCUAAUUCUCGUAGGCAAGAUAUCGCUGAAGCUGGACGCCGUAAGCUUGAGCAGUUUCGGAAACAAAAAGCAGCAAAAAAGGCAUCACAGAGUACUAGUACCACACAGCAGCCUGUUGAUAAUAGCCAGCAAAGUGUCUCAGAUUCAGAUGGACCUCUUGCAUCUCUGCCUAAUGGACCUCUCACUCAAGUUUCCUCUAAUGAAACCCAUGUACAUAAUUUAUCAUUUUCGAAUAUAGCAACACCGAAUGAUGCAAGUAAUCAAGAUGAUGGUCAGGAGGAAUCAGUGGGAAAAGUUGAUUUUUCUAAUAGCUUAGAGUUGAUUGGUUCCACAAAGGACUUAACAGUGAAUAAUAGGCCUGACGUUGUACCUUAUAGCAAUAUAGACAAGCAAUCGAGUGGAAGUUUUAAUCGUGCUUCUACUCUAAGAGAAAGUGAUGGUGUUGUUAAAGGCUCAUCUCCUUUUUCUGGAAGCACUCUGCUAUCAACCUCGAUGCAAAUGGACGGUUUCAUUCAUGGCGGUGGAUUAAUCACACCAAGAAAAGACUCUUUACAACCUACUACCAGGAUGGUAGGGUCUUUUCACGAAGUUGCCAAAGACCAUCAGGGAAGUGGUGAACUAGGAGGAGGUAGCAUUGUGCAGAAGCCAACUUUGUCUAGCAGUUAUUUGUUUAGUUCUCCAGACACAUCAUCUCGACCUUCUGAAUCUUCAGAUUACAGUGUAAAUAUCACAAGCUCUUCACCAUUUAACUCAGCUAAAAGUGAAGCAUCUGUGAAGAGAUCUCGUCCGUCUUUCCUUGAUUCCCUCAAUAUUUCAAGAGCUCCAGAGACUCAAACUCAAUAUCAACACCCUGAGAUUGAAGCAGAUUUGGUUACAUCCAGUGGUUCCCAACUAACUGGCAGUGAUGGUUUUGGGCCAUCUUCGCUUCAAUAUAUAUCAGGGAACAGAGACAGUAAUGGGCCAUCUUUGACAAGUGGAGCAUAUGAUUCUCCUAAUCCAUUUGAAAAGUUCCGGAGUUCUUUGUAUCCUGCUGCCAAUGGAGUAAUGCCAGGUUUUACUGAUUUCUCCAUGCCAAAACAAAAUGAUGAUUUUACUGCUCUGGAACAGCAUAUUGAGGAUUUAACACAAGAAAAAUUUUCACUGCAAAGGGAUCUUGAUGCCUCACGUGCGCUGGCAGAAUCCUUAGCAUCAGAAAAUUCUUCGAUGACAGACACUUAUAACCAGCAGAGAGGUCUUGUCAACCAACUAAAAGAUGACAUGGAGAGGCUAUAUGAACAGAUCCAAGCCCAAAUGGGGGAACUUGAGUCUGUCCGGAAUGAGUAUGCUAAUGCACAGCUAGAAUGUAAUGCUGCUGAUGAGCGUUCCCAAAUACUGGCUUCUGAAGUCAUCAGUUUGGAAGAUAAGGCUCUCAGACUCAGAUCUAAUGAGUUAAAGCUGGAGAGGGAACUGGAGAAUGCACAAGCAGAAAUGUUAUCUUCCACGAAAAAAUUACAGAGCCUAGAGAAAGAUCGUCAAGAUUUACAAUCUACUAUUAAAGCUCUUCAAGAAGAGAAGAAGGUCCUACAGACUAUGGUGCAGAAAGCUUCUACUGGUGGAAAAUCCACUGAUCUGAGUAAAAGCUCAACUAGCCGAAAAAAUGCGUCAACCUCUACCGAAGGUCUAGCACUCUCAGAUACUACGCCAGAGAUUUCCAACCAGGAAACAGAUUCCACUACUAUGCUUGAAAGGGAUUCAUCGAAUACAGCUAUCGUUCCUGAAACUCGACAAUUAACUCUUGAAGGUUUUUCAUUGAGCGUCCCAGCUGAUCAGAUGAGAGUGAUUCAUAACAUUAAUACGCUGAUUGCUGAGUUGGCAAUUGAGAAGGAAGAACUGGUGCAAGCACUGUCAUCUGAGUUAUCUCGAAGUGCGCAGGUGCAGGAACUGAACAAAGAGUUAUCCAGAAAACUUGAAGCGCAGACCAAAAGGUUAGAGCUUCUAACAGCGCAGAAGAUGGCCAUAGACAAUGUUUCACCUGAGAAGCUGCAGCCGGAUUCUCAUGUUGUUCAAGAGAGAACACCGAUUGCAGAUGAAGGCGAUGAGGUGGUCGAAAGGGUUUUAGGAUGGAUUAUGAAGAUGUUCCCAGGAGGACCGUCGAAAAGAAGGACAAGCAAGCUUCUCUAAUGCGUGGCUCGCUCAGUCGUGACCCUUGUUGCCAUUCUGUAUAUCCCGGGCACAGCCAUGGAUUGCUUCUUCUCCUUUAGUUUUGGAAGAAGUUCAUUUUGGUUCUUUUGAUCCUAAAUUUUGGAUUUCACUGGAUUGAGCAAAAAUGGUAUAGUGAGAGACAUCUUGAAGAGUUCCAAAUGGAUAGAGACACGGAAGCUCAACCAGAGCGAGAGAGCUGUUAUAUGAGUGAGUUUUUACUGUUUUGGACUGAAUUUUGUAAUUGUUGAUUGAUUAUAUAGCCAAGUUAAAGUGUUCCUCGCCGAAGUAUAAUUUACCAACAAAGAAAAAAAAAAACAACUUGGAUGGUUUUGGAUAUUAUCUUCUCGUUUAAAUGGAAGACUUGAUUAAACAAA